AGCAGCAGCACAACUUGGGACGACAGUUGUACAAGACUUAAUUCGAUAAAUACUAAUGUAACGUCGCCUUCACGCACCUGCCGCGAGGUUUAUUCAGACAGCACGGGAUUCUACAAGUUACACCCUUUAAAAUGUUUCCAAUGUAGGAAGAAAAGGCCAAGUUGUUGUAAAAGUUGAAACGGUUAGCUAAAUGCGUCCAAGUUACAUGAAUGACGUUAAUGUUACCCCGCCGAAGAUAAGACGCCAGAGAGCAACUGCCUUUUCCCGCUGACGUUUUCUGACCCUAGUUUGAGGGGGAAAAAUCAAAACAUGUUUGAUGGAAAAAGAUAAACAUUUUGUUGGCUGGUUGCUUCUAAUGGCUCCACACCCACACUGCUUACUGUCUCCCACUCUCACUUUCGGUCUUAUUUAUGGGCAGCAGAUGCAGCGGGCUGGCCCUUCCUCUCCCAGCUGUUCCUCCACCUCUGCCUGUUUCCCCCUCGGCCACCUAAACAACACGGCUGAAUGUGGAAGUGAGACCACAGCUGAGCCAGAGAAACGCGAAGUGAGAGCAAAUAACACGCCUACAGAUCUCUACAAGAUGCAGUCCAUCGUGAGCUUCUACAUAUGCCACCUGCUGUGCCUGGGCCUGGGCCUGGCCUGCGUGGUGUGCGUGUGUUUGUGGAACAGCCGGUGGCGCGGCGGUUUCGCCUGGGACGCCUCGACCCUGCAGUUCAACUGGCACCCUGUCCUGAUGGUGACAGGUCUGGUUGUGGUGUACGGCAACGGAGCCGUGUUGUACCGCAUCCCCCUGACCUGGGGUCAGAAUAAACUCCCCUGGAAGCUGCUGCAUGCUGCACUGAUGCUCCUCGCCCUGGUCCUGUCAAUCGUGGGGCUUUGUGCUGUGUUCGACUUCCACAAUGCCAAGAACACUCCCAACCUCUACUCCUUGCACAGCUGGAUUGGAAUCGCUGCUACAGCUCUUUUCGCCAUACAGUGGGUGGUGGGUGUGGCUGGCUUCCUCCUGCCCUGCUCCCCCAUGUCACUACGUAAACUCCUGAAACCCGUCCAUGUGUGGAUGGGAGGCAGCAUACUGUCGCUCAGCAUCGCUGCCUGCAUUUCUGGAAUCAACGAGAAACUUUUCUUUGUUCUAAAAGGAAACAGCAGUGGAGCUCAGCCAUACGCUAGCCUUCCACCUGAGGCUGUGUUAGCAAACACGUUAGGGGUUUUGAUUGUAGCCUUUGGCUUGGUUGUCCUAAUGAUUUUGUCCAACCAUAAAUGGCAGCGACCAGACUCCAGGCCUGAGAAUAUGGCUUACACGCCAUUGCUUCAAGAAGAAAAUGAAUGAAGGAAAUUCCCAAAAUGCUCACAUUAACCGUCCAUGCAAAAUCAGUUGAACCAUCACAGAUGACAGGUGGCCUAAAGACAAUUGAUGAGUUCUGUUUUGAAUGUACAAACAGCUGUCUGAACAAUGUGAGAAUUAUCUGUGUGUGCUGUGGAUGUAAAUAUGUAUUUGAAGAUACUAUUUAAAAAUGUUUUUUGCCAUGCAUAAAAAAUAAUUGUUUCAUUUCA